AUGGGUUAUCUGCAUAUAACUGUCAUAGUGGCUCUGGUCAUCACCACCCUAUGUCAAGACUAUGACUCUGGUCAGUAUGACACACUUGUGGAAGAAUAUGACCGCUAUCCCUUACCUGAGCCAGACUAUGACCGCUUUCCUCAACGUCAGACAGAUUAUGACCGGGAACCCCGCCCUCAUCCAGACUAUGAUGGCUUUCCUCAACGUCAGACAGAUUAUGACCGGGAACCCCGCCCUUAUCCAGACUAUGGCCGCUAUCCUGAACCUCAUCCAGACUAUGACCGCUAUCGUGCUCAGCCGGACUAUGAAAGUUACAUCCAACCUCAGCCGGACUAUGACAGCUACGCCCAACCACAACCUGACUAUGACAGUUACAUUCCAAGUACUUACCCUGUGAUCCCUCGCUGUGCUCUGGAGUGUGACUGCCCCUUUCAUUUCCCCACUGCCAUGUACUGCAAUGAACGUAAUCUCCACUUCAUUCCUGUUGUUCCCUCUGGAAUCAAGUACCUGUACCUGCAGAAUAACAUGAUCCAAGACAUCAAGGCCAGUGUUUUUGAAAAUGCUACCGACCUCUUGUGGCUUAUCCUAGACCGCAAUCACAUCAGUAGUGAAAACAUUGAAAAGGGUGUAUUUGAGAAGCUAGUCCACCUGGAGAAGCUGUUUAUCAACUACAACAACCUGACGGAGCUAAUGGGCCCAUUACCAAUGUCCUUAAAUGAGAUGAGCUUGAUUGGGAACAGGUUGUCAAAAUUGCCCUCGGAAACACUGGUGGGGUUGGAAAAUCUAACUGCUUUGUACCUGGAAGGUAAUGAACUAACGUCUCAGACUAUUUCUGGGGCCUUCAAUGGACUCAAGUCUCUCGUGUAUCUGGACAUCAGUAACAACAACCUCAAGGAGCUACCCCUUGGAAUUUCCAACUCCCUAGAGGUUUUAUAUGCUGAUCAAAACAUUAUCAGCAGCAUCUCAAGUGGCUACCUGCAGAACCUCCCUGUCCUGCAGUACCUCCGGAUCUCCCACAACCAGCUGACUGAUGCAGGGGUCCCUGCUGGUGUCUUCAACCUCUCCUCUCUCCUUGAGCUUGACCUCUCAUUCAACAACCUGCAGUCCAUCCCUGAGGUGAAUGAGAACUUGGAGAAUCUCUACCUCCAGGUCAACAACAUUAACAAGUUCAACAUAUCUAGUUUCUGCGGAUUUUCAGGAGCUUCCUCCAGACUGACACACCUGCGGCUUGAUGGCAAUCAUAUAACGCGCAGAGACUUGCCUUUGGAGAUUCCCAUGUGCCUCCGUAGGGUUACUAUGUUCCUAAUUGACUAGAGGUUGUCAUCCAUCUCCUCUUCUUACAGUGACACAGUGGAACAAAUCAAGUGUCUGAUUCCUUUGUCCAUACCAUCCCAUGAAAAUAACAAUGUGUGAUCCCAUUCCCCUCACAUCUGUCCUAUACUAUCCAAAAGGUCUCUUCUCUCAUAAGGUAUCUGUGGAACCACUGCAACAAAAUCUGCUGUGAAAAGCAUCAGCAAA